GAGCCGGGCGGAGCUCAACCCGGUGGCUGCAGUUUAGUCCCCGAGCGGCUGCGGGUGAAGCUGUCUCACCCCGCGGGGCUCUAGUCGCCGUGUCGUAUCGGUACCCUGAUCGUCAUGGGGACGGAGAUGAGAACAGGGAGGAAACUGUUGCUUCUCUUCACAUCGGUCAUCCUGUGCUCCCUGGCGUGGGGCAAGGGUUCAGUAUACACUUCGGAACCUGAAGUCCGAGUUGCUGAGAACAAACCUGCCAAGUUGUCCUGCUCCUACUCCAGCUUCUCGUCUCCCCGUGUGGAGUGGAAGUUUGCCCAAGGUGACAUCACCAGCCUUGUUUGCUAUAACAACAAGAUCACGGCUUCCUAUGAGGACCGAGUUACCUUCUCACAUAGUGGCAUCACUUUCCACUCUGUGACCCGGAAAGACACGGGGAUGUAUACGUGUAUGGUCUCUGAGGAAGGCGGCAACACCUAUGGGGAGGUCACCGUCAAGCUCAUUGUGCUUGUGCCUCCAUCCAAGCCUACGGUCAACAUCCCCUCCUCUGCCACCAUUGGGAGUCGGGCAGUGCUGACCUGCUCUGAGAAAGACGGCUCUCCCCCUUCUGAAUUCUACUGGUUCAAGGACGGGGUCCUGAUGCCUACAGAACCCAAGAGCAACCGUGCCUUCAGCAACUCUUCCUAUAGCCUGAAUCACAAGACAGGGGAGCUGGUCUUCGAUCCCGUGUCAGCCUCUGAUACUGGAGAAUACACUUGUCAGGCACAGAAUGGGUAUGGGGCCCCCAUGAAGUCAGAUGCUGUGCACAUGGAAGCUGCGGAGUUGAAUGUGGGGGGCAUCGUGGCAGCUGUGCUCGUCACACUCAUUCUCCUUGGAUUCUUGAUUUUGGGCAUCUGGUUCGCCCAUAGACGAGGCUACUUUGACAGAACAAAGAAAGGGACCUCGAGCAAGAAGGUGAUUUACAGCCAGCCCACUGCUCGCAGUGAAGUGAGUGUGCUACCCUGGGACGAGGAGGGGGCUUCUAGCCUGUGUCUACAGCCCACUUAGUUCUGUCUUCCCAUGGGAAGUGCCACUGGGAUCCUCUUACACCGUCCUAAACACAAGAAGACCGACACCAGCUGUGUCUAGGAAAACCCAGGAGCUUUGGUUAUGGAGAGCAUAGUGAGCUUUCAUGGGACAUGGAGCAGAAGAGUUUUAAAACCACUGAUCUAAAGAAAAGGAAGCUGGAGCUGGUAGCCAUCACCCUUGGCUGGAGCAACUGGAUGGACGCUGUUGAGACGUCUGCAGGGCUGUGGGAAUGUGUGUAGUAGUCUUAGCUCUUUGCCGAGCGCGUGUGUGUGUGUGUGUGUCUGUGUGUGUGUGUGUGUGUGAGAG